UAUGUUAGCAACGGUUACCAUGGAGACAGACGCUGCACAUGUGGACAGCAUAGUGUGUGCUUACGGAAACGUUACAUGGCGCUUUCUGCGCUCGAGAAGAUAUACUCCAGUCGUAUUAAAGCUAUCGACGAAAGGAUUGAAGAAACUUUGGAAGAGAUUGACAGAUAUCUGAAGAAUGGAAAUCAAAAAGACUUGACAACACACAGAAAAAGGUCGCUUCAUAGCGUGGAAAAUAUUUCGGCAAAACACAAUGCAAUCAGAGAAUGCCUGCAAAAAAUGCUGCACUUGUGUCACGAGCAGCCAGAUUCAACAGAAGCCAUUUUCAGCAUCCUCAAGAAGAUGAUCCAGCAUUCAUUGCCCUUCAAAGCAGUUUGCGAUUGUGGUAUAUGCACCGACUGCUUGGAAGAUGCCUGUGAUAAUACCUGCAAGAAGCAGCAUGCAUGCACAGCCAGUGCAAACCCAUCAGAAUUUCAGCCAAGUGAGGAUGUCAAGUCUCUGUGGUGCAGCACAUGUUACCAUAUACAAGCCUACGUAACUCGUCGCCUUAUUGGCGACCAUGAGCUGCUUUCCCCAAAGCAAGGUCUUGUUUGUAACACCAACUGGGAGAGCUACUUUGAAAUGCUGCGGCUUCUGUUUGUUUCUGGCCAGGUGCAGCGCAUCCAGCAGUGGGUACGUUCGGAGCAGCUGCGACGUGCCAGCUGUCUUUGCAAGCCCACAGUUUCAAGAUGUUGUGUCAGCUGCCUCAUGCAGUGGUGUUUGCAGAGUUUGACAAAAGAUGUAGCCAUGAGGCCUUCCUUGGGUAUGACAUGGCACGAUCUCAGUGACGGCUACACCUCCAGUGUACGUGCUAAUGUAAUGCUGCACCUCCAGGAAAUGCGCAGCCACUGGCAGAGAAGAAAUCAUAUCAAAGAUGUCUCACUCUUCCUACCGUGCCUUCUGAACCCAAAUUCUUGCUGGGCGCACAAACACAGCAAGCACAGUCAGUAUGCAGGUGUGGGAUCGCAGAAAAGCGAAAGCUACAGUGACUGGACGGAUCAUUGGAUUGUGGUGGCAAUUGUCAACCUCAUCAGCGAGCUGCAUUGGUUUGAGCAGCAACUGAGUGGAAUCAGCUGCAGAACAUGGGCUGUGCUGUCGAAAAGCCCACAGCAAACAUCCACUGAUGGCAUGACAGCGUGGGAUGAGCCUUGCAUUUGGGACUGGCGGCAGCUGUUGGCAAGCUCUGGUGUCCUCACAAUGCUUCAGCAAAGUAUACAAGACCUCAUCCAAAUAAAGAGGCCUUUUCACCAAAAUGACAUUGAGGUGGCUGAACUAACUGGUGCAAAACUACAAGUGAGCACAAGUGCCUUCCAUGCUGUUCACUAUUUGGCCGCAUAUGAACCAGCUGUAAGUGCUUGCCAAGGAGCACUGGGACCCUUCCGUGCUUCAUUCAUACAUGCUGUGCACGUUGCCAUGGGCCAAGCUGUACAAGACCUGGAAGCCCGUUUUGAGCUCAGGAGCCACAUGCCCCAGAGCCUGUACAUCAUGCUCAACACAGGCCGUUACUUGGACAAUUCGCUGAUGAACUUCGUCUCUGCACUUUCCGGAACAAAUGAUGGCAUUUCAACAGCACCAUUUCAUGGCCUGCAAGUGAGAGUCACAGCAGCUAUCAAACACACUGAGGAACUAAUUCUCAUGCACCACCUCAAGUGGCUUACAAGCUGCAUAGCCCCAAGCACCAACACUGCAUUAGGUCUUAAGAGAGCAUGUGCCUGGAAUGUGUAUGUUAAAGCUUUGUGCAGUGAUCUCAAACGUCAAGUAGGCCUCAGUCAAUGUGGCUUUGCCCUGAGGCAGCUACUUAACGAAAUGCUCAGGCAGGCAAGAUCUUUGAAAAUGUUGUCCCAAGUGCCUGAGCUAAGACUGGUUCUGCACAGUGCCUAUGAUGCACUCUUCCUAAUUUGCAGCAACACCCAAGAACUUCUUGGGCUGCCUGCAAGCCCAGUUGCAGCAGGGCCAAUCAUUGAACUUCACAGGCACUGCAAUGCUCUGUUCACCUCAGUAUCCACCAAUGACGCAGAGCUGAAGCUCAAUGAACAGCAGCCUGACAACAAACAUGAUCAACAAGCCCCGUGGCUGUGCUUCAUGCAGCCUUCUCUGUUUCCUGGUCCUCCUUGGGCACAGCUGCCCACCAACACACAGAUCUGGCUUCCGUUGGCCUUAUGCCUAGCCAGUGAGAGACCACAACCACUGCUGCUCCUACAGGCAAGUGAUGCACAAAGCUCUUGCAUCUCUUCCCCGACUUCUUGCUAUCAGUGUAGCCAGACAACAGGGCGACCUGUUGCUUUUUGUAUCGUGCUGCAGUCAGGCAUCUAA